CAAGUUAUCCGAGUCCUGCACGAAGACCAACAAAGGACUACUUAGCUCCUCACCAACAUACAAACCCAAGAUGCUACGCAGGAUCCAGCACAACCCAUCAAUAUGGCUGGAACUUUCCAACCACAAGAAGUCCAUACUGGGGCUACCAAUAGUAACAGAGAUUCUGCUGUGCAGCCGAACAACUCGACACCACCAGUAGUUGUAGCUACCAAUACCGAUGGAGCUCUACCCAAUGCAGCCGAUUCUACCCAAGGUUAUGUCACCAUGGCAAACCUUACUGCUUUCUCGGAUAGGAAGCGUUCCAAACAUGGAACAAUCCCUUUUCAAUUCAUUUGUGACCCACCCUGUCCAAAGGAGAUUCUGUCCAGGCCAUCUCCAAAGAAAUAUGAAAGUCUUGCAUUCUUGCAGUACAAUGGAAGGAAAGGCAGUGCUGUGGAGCACGUCAACAAGUUCAUUGAUGACAUGGGGGCUCACACCGAUGACAGAGAUUUGUGUUUACAUGAGUUCUCAAAGUCUUUCUCCAAUAAAGCUUAUACAUGGUACACCACUUUGCCUCUCGCCUCUGCACAUCGUGAGCCCAACGAUGAUGACAAGUGCAACUCCAAGUAUUGUCGCUACCAUCGCUUUGUCCACCAUGUGACCAUGGACUAUUUUUCCUUAAGAAGGAUGUAUCAUCGACGGGUUUUAGAAAGACUGUUAGAAGCGCCAAACAGGAGACAGAGGGUGGACAAAGAUAUUCUCCCACACCACAAUCAAGGUGCUAUUAAUGUUCCCACUCAUGUGGAAAGCAUUAGACUUGGUUUCAUUAUUGACGCACGACGAAGAGCCAUAGAGGCCAUACUCUCCAUCGCCAAUAAGGCUGGAGGAGAAUGUCUCAAUGCUGAAGCACAUGCCAGCCAUGCUUGUCAUGAAUCUUCCAAUGCCGUCACGUUCAUUAAUGAAGAUAUGGAGGCACCAUAUCCUGAUCAUAGAAAGCCUCUUUACUUAUCUGCUCAAAUCAACUCUGUCAAUGUUAAGCGUGCACUUAUUAAUAUAGAAUCCUUUCUCAACCUGAUACCGCUGAGCACCAUCAUUGCUGGCCAUUUUGAUGUGUUGAGGAAAGUCUUGGAUAGAUGUCGUCUAUACAAGCUGAAAAUGAAUCUAGUGAAAUGUGCAUUUAGUAUUUCUGCUGGGAAAUUCUUGGGCUUCCUUGUGAGUAAACACGGUAUCAGUAUGGAUUUGGCCAAGUCUGAAGUUAUCUAUGCCAUGCAGCCACCAAAGAAUCUCAAACAGCUACAUAGCUUCAUUAGCAAGGAUCUCAUGCUUAGAUUGUUGACCAUAUCUGUCCCCAUCCAAGGCAGACCACUUAAAGUCGAUUUGUUUACUUCUGACAAAACUGUGAGUGCACUGGUUGCCCAAGAUAACCACGAAGGCAAGGAACAGCUGGUUUAUUAUGUUAGUAAAAACCUCAAGGGCGUCGAAUCAAGGGCUAAGGCUGGCGUUGUUCUCAAAGAUGACAAUGGCCAUGAUAUAGUGCUUUCAUUCAAGCUUGAUUUUCAAUGCACGAACAACACUGUAGAGUACAAGGCUUAUCUUAUUAGCCUCAUUAUGGUUAAAAAGGCUGGUGUGCAGCGCUUCAAAAUCAUUGGCGAUUCAGGUUUGAUCCUUGGCCAAGUUCAAGGUACCUUCGCUGUUCGAGAAGAACAACUCACGCCAUAUUGUUCUUUUAGCCAACACUUGGAGCAGUCCUUCGCCAGCAUAAGAUACGAGCAGAUUAUUCGCAAAGAGCAACCUAUCUACCCAGGUUACGAAUCUGUUUUGCUUGAGCUACCUGACCAUCUUGACUGGCACUAUACUAUCACCUCCCUAGCGGAAUCUUGGCCAUCAUCAGCGAUAAGGAGGCUUAUCACAAACUUAGGGAAAUUCAUGAUCGCACUUGUGGUCACAAUAGCCGUGGUAGCCAUCCCAUCCGAUCACAGGGUUGUAACUGUUACUGGCUUCACACUAAUCAUACCGAUUUGCGCUAACUCUUUGUCCAUCUUUGGGAGUCAGUGAGAUAGAAUAUGCAGAAAUCCGACCCUUUGUCUGUUGCUGGGAGCUGAUGUAAUAAGAUAUAUGGAAAUGCGUAGCCUGUUGCCCAUUGUUGAAGGCUAGAUGAGAUAGUAAAUUUGGCCAAUUGUC